UUGAAAAUGCCAUUGCUUUUCAGUUGCCAGUUUGUGUCAAUGAUUUUUUAUUCCAAAUUCUAACAAAUUCAAAAUUUUAAUAUGACUCCCAUUCAUAAAUUUCUUUCUUCCUUUGUUGCGAGGACCCCGCGCCUGUUGAAGUCGUCCUCUAUAUGCUGCGAACAGUUUGUGAGAUUUUCGAAAACGAUUUUUGAGGCGGGCAAGGCCAAGGAGAAUGUGCACUUCUUGAGAAUGCAACGCGAACAACUGAAAGAUCUGCGCCAGAAAAUACUCAAGGAGAAAGACGUGAUUAAGGACAGAAUUGAGCAGUUGGAUAAGCAAAUCGAUAGCAUCAAAAGGAAAAACGUCGAGCGUGGAAAUAGCAAAAUCUGAUUCAGAUCAUUGAGAAAACAUUCGGAAUAUGGAAGCCAUCUACUUUGGACUCAGAUCCAAAACUGUGGUGAAUUUGUUGAGACCGUUAAGAUUAGCUAACCUAACAAGUAUUCACACUUAUGGCAGAAAAAUGUUCAAUAACAUGAAUCCUCGCGAUCAUAAAAACGCUUUGAAAAGACUGUAUCUGCAACUAAAAUAUAUAAAAACCAAAAAAAUGAAUGAUCGCAUAAGGCUGGACUAUAAGAUUGAAAAACUGGACCGCAAAAUUGAAUUCGUUAAAUUACGUUUGAGUGAUGCAACAGGGAAAUAACAGUUAUGAAUGCGGAGCAAAUACCACUGAUAAAAAAUCUCAUGAGCAAAAUUUAAGUGAAGUA